UUAUUUUCUCUUAUAUUUCACUACAGAUAUUCUUAAAAAUACUGAUAAAACGGUCUAUUUCUUGACCUAUACAUGUUAUAUCUAAAUAAAUGUUAAGGUAUCAAAAUAUUUAUAAAACAAAAUAGCUGAACAGUAAGUUAGAACAAUGGCUUUUCAUGCCUAAAUAAAAUCAUGCAUGAGUUCUCGCGCGAGCGCGCAAGUCAAUCAUCCUUCACCUUGUCAGACAGAAAGUCCUUUCAUCAGUGUGCAACUGUCCAUCAGGCUUCCCCUUCGGUGUUGUUAAUACGGCGUAGCAUCCCUCAGACAAGGUCGUACACUUUCGCCUUUCCCCAUGAUAAACAACCAAAAAAGUAUAUUGGGUGAGCCGUACGUGGAAGCAGUUAUUGUUUCCUAACCUCCCCACGAGCACGGAGACGAGGCGCGGACACAGCUUGACAUCGUAGCCAUUUAGUGUUGACAGUUAGUAGGCAGUAUAGUUCACAGGUUUUCACUGCAAUGGGCGACUUUAGGCGCGGGAUUGAAAAUGACACCGCGAGCGCGCGACAAUAUUUCGCCAGUGAAAUACUGGCACGAGACGAUCUCGCGCAAGACGCGCCGAAAACGAAUUCAGCGGGGAGUGCGUAUCGGCAAUGAUUUCUUCGUAAUGACUGAAUUUAUCAAGCUGUGUUUAGUCAGACUGCUCGCAAACAUUAACAGCACUCGCAGUACGUGGUAAAACAGCGUUUGUUACCGAGCAAUAUGUUCACGCUCUGAGGUCUCGUGAAGUCUUCAACGGUCACAAGACGGAGACGGAGGCGAGUACGACAACGGAGGACUUGGGCAGCGAUUAAAAUCUAGGACCUUCCGUCAUUUGACCGGGCAUAUCCUUCUCCUUAAAAUAAUCAUCACAGACUCGCAGAGCGAGUCUGUGAGCUGUGCAGUGUGGGAGGCUGUCUGCCCCGUUGUCGUCAGACGUCAUGAGCUGGAGCUUCCUGACACGUCUGCUGGAGGAGAUCCAGCACCACUCCACGUCGGUGGGGAAACUCUGGCUCACUGCGCUAGUUGUCUUCCGCAUCGUACUCACUGCGGUGGGCGGCGAAUCCAUAUACUAUGAUGAGCAGAGUAAGUUUGUCUGCAACUCGGGCCAGCCAGGAUGUGAGAACGUCUGCUACGAUGCCUUCGCACCGCUCUCACAUGUGCGAUUCUGGGUUUUUCAGAUCAUUCUGUCCGCCAUGCCCUCUUUGCUCUAUAUGGGCUACGCGGCCAAUAAGAUCUCCCACAAUGAGGAACUGCGGGGCGGCACGGGGGCCGGGGCUCCAGCCGCAAGUGAAUCAGCAGGGGACGGAUACACUCAGCGCAGACCGAGAAAGAUGUACUUUGGUGCACGGCAGCACCGGCCAGGACAUGAGGAUGGGGAAGAGGAACGCGAGGACGACCCCAUGAUCUACGAAGUGCCUGAGAUAGACAACACGCGUCGUGGGUUGGUGCCACCGCGACCCAAACCCAAAGUGCGCCAUGAUGGGCGCCGGCGAAUACGAGACGAUGGUCUGAUGCGAGUGUAUGUGCUACAGCUGCUGACCCGCUCCGCACUGGAGGCAGGCUUUCUGGCGGGACAGUACCUGUUGUAUGGCUUUCGCGUGGAACCAAUCUUUGUGUGCUCUGAUAAACCCUGCCCACACCGUGUGGACUGCUUCAUCUCACGCCCCACCGAAAAGACCAUCUUCCUCCGAAUCAUGUACGGUGUCAGCUGCCUUUGCCUGCUGCUAAACCUGUGGGAAAUGAUUCACCUCGGAGUGGGAACUCUCCGUGACGCACUACGCAAACGAAACGAAUCAACCACUGAUGAUGAGUACCAGCUCGGCUUGCUUGCGGCAGGGGGUGUGUCUGUCGGAGUCGGUGGGCCUUCACUCAGUGAGGGGGAACCAGGAGGCGGAGUUGUGGGCUGCGGGCGAGAAGCAGACUACGUUGGUUAUCCCUUCUCCUGGAACACCCCUUCUGCGCCACCAGGUUACAACAUUGUGGUGAAGCCUGAGACGAUGCCAUACACAGACCUGAGCAAUGCCAAGAUGGCGUGCAAGCAGAACCGUGCCAACAUUGCACAGGAGGAGCAGCAGCAGUACGGCUCCAACGAGGACAACUUCCCAUCUGCAGGUGAGGCGAGACCACCUCCCAUCAACAAAGAUGUGAUACAGUUAGAGGCAGCGAUUCAAGCCUAUACCUUGCAGCACCAUGCUAGCAAUAACCACGACGAGAUAAACACCAAUGACAUAGACGAGAAGCCUCAGAGCAACAUCACCAAAGCACCACAGAAGGAGCGAAAGCAACGGUCCAAGCAUGGAAAAUCUGGGAGCGCUGGGAGCAGCAGCGGCAGCAGCAGCAGCAGCAAGUCAGGAGAAGGCAAACCAUCUGUCUGGAUCUGACAUUUGCACACACACUUGACCUUACACUGAGUGUUGCCCACUAUCAUCCAAUUCUGCAAGUUUUUUUAGACACAAAAUGUCCUGUGUAUCCCACGGAUUACAAAGACAUCGACAUAAACGAUUAGAAAAAUGCUGUAUAUCUUUUUGAAGUGUUUUCAGUGCCUUAAACAAACUCCAAGAAUGAGAUGGAUUUUUUCGUACUAUUUCUUGAUCUUCCUAAAAUAAUCUUGUGCACUCAAGAUUAUGUUGAGCUCUAAGAACAUUCCCUCAUAAUCCAGAAAUACCCAUCCGUUUUCAAAGUUGAGAAAGUCUUCCUAUCGGAUUCGUUCGGGAGAGUGAUGACACUACAAUCCGAUUCCAAACCAGCUGUCUUCCUUUUUCCAGUGUUAAACAAUAACUUUUGCAUCACAAUGCCAAGCUAUAACAAUGCAAUGAUACACCAAUGCAAUGGUGCUAUUAACUGUGGUCUUCCAGACCCAACAAACAUUGCGUGAAAUAAGCUGUAAAUCUACAUUUACAAACACACAAACACAUCCAGUGCAAUUUAUUUUCAUAGCUAUGGGUGUUUGAGGAAGCAGUAUUUCUAGACACCAAGACUUGGGAUAUGCUGUUGAUGCAUCCACUUCCUACUCUGUUAUUGUACUAUCCCCUACUGGUGAAUAAAGCAUUUGCAGUCUAGUUUUAUCAGCCAUAUAAAUAUGUACAGGGUCCCAACCGUCCUAGAAAUAACAUGGAUUUUUUAAAGUGUUAUUUCCAGACCUGAAAAAAUUGGAAAUUAAUAUGAAUAAUUAAAUAAAAAAUGAAAGUAAAUUAAAAGUAAAUUAAUUUCAGUGCUCAGUUUUCUUGCUUAUUUCUUUAGAUAUUUUUUUUUUAAAUCUUAUUUCUUUAGAUAAAAAUUACUCUUUUUGAGUUCAGCCAUUAUGAAAUUAUAAAAAAAAACUUUAUCCAGUAAUUAAAUUAUGAAUUAAUAAGUUAAGGAGAAUAUCAUGGAAAUCCAUGUGCUCCUAAAGUGUGGGAAUCCUGUAGUUUAGAAACAUGAAAUGAAUUGUCUUUCAGACUGAAUUGUCAGAAAGUCACUGUGUAUUGUUUCUACUGCUUUAGUGAACAUGUAUUUAUGGGAACAUCCUGUGGUUCUAACAGACUUGAUAUAGCCAAACCAAGUAGCAGGCCUAAUUUGGUUCAAAUGGAGGUUGAGUUUUUAACAGUGACACUCUUCAGAUCAUUCAACAGAAAUAUCUAAGUUACACACACAUACACACUGUGUGAAGAGUCUUCCAUUCUCUCUCACUGCCACUUUCCAACUUGUGAGUCAUUUGCCUUUAUGUAGGAUGUUUCGAUUUGUGACAUUUGCCAUGGGAGACCAAUUACUGUUUGUCACAAAGACAUCCAGCUACUAUGCAGUCAUGCAGACUGAGGAGAACACGCCAUAAAACACUGCUGUGUGUGCCUGCGUGUGUGCGCUUGCGUGUAGCUGAAGACGAGGCAGCAGGAGUGAUUGCAUGAGUGCAUGUGACCAAUAUUUGAUUAAUGAAUUUAAAAAAAGAAAAAACCCUUUAUAUAUCAUCAUUUCAGCAGCAUUUUUUGAUGCAGAAGAUUGUGGCAUUAGAUUUGUGGUUUCUAAUCGAGACUUGACUUGUUUGUAUUUUUAAACAUCAAUUUUGGUUUCUUUUUUUAUUCGCUUUUUAAAGACAUGGAAUUCUAUUCAACAGUGCCCAUAUGAUUUAUUACGAAAUAAGUUUUGUAGGAUUUUGUAUAAUUUUGUUGCCUUUAAUAGAAGCAAAACAAACUAUGUGAUGUAGUCAACCAGAGAAAAUGCACUUCCCUUUUUUUUCAUAGUCAUAAUCGAAUCCGAUUUUGCAUGGGAGGGAAUGUUUUAGGGGAAUUUCCAAGGCGCUCUUUUCAAUGGAAAGCUCUAAAAAAAAAUGGAUUCUGCUAUGUAACUACUUUGAACUUAUCUGUGUGGAUGUGUGUUGCAGUCUGUAACAGCUGUAUAUUGACGGAGUGAAUAUAAGAGACCCCUCUGCCCCACAUCUGAGCACCACUGUGUGUUUACAUUUAUUGUGUGAGUGUUUGCGGAGUUAGGGUUAGCCAAGGCGAUCCUCAAGAAAAACCUCUCUUGUACUUUUGUCAGCUGUCUGAAAAAGAAACUGAUAUAUAGUAAGCUACUUAACUUCAGAGUUUGACACAUCGCUUUGAAAGCAAGUCUUUCUCAGCAGGCCACAGUGAAGUCUGAUGGCACUCUUACUGACGAGCGUUUGUGAAUGUUGAAGCAUGCAUUUCUAUUUAUUGCCCUUUCCUGAUUAUUAUCAGGCCACAUUAAACCCUAAUGUGUUUAAUAUGACCUUUGUUUGUCCUGACUGGUAUGUGUUUCUAUAACUGUUUUUUUGUUUGAAAAUUAGGGAGAAAAAAAUGCUUUUAAUGUGCCAAGCUGGAUUGUCCAGUGAUGUACAGUUAUUUCCAGUUUUGGAGAACCCUCUCUUUGAAUUUUGAAAUGCAUGUUCAGAGCUAUUUUGUUAAUAAAAAGAAAAAAUGGGAGUGCUAUGUGUCUGAGAGAGAGUAUGAAUAUUUGGCAUAGGCACCUGUGUCAAUUGUUUCUUUGUUCAUGAAAGGGGAGAUUUUUAUGGUUUAAGGAGUAGUCUGUUUUUGUUAGACCUAUUUUUGACAGAGGAUGUUUUUGCCACAUUUGUUGCUGUAAUACAUGUCCAAAUCAUCAACCAUUUCUUUGAAUUGGUCUAAGCAGGAUCAGUCCAUGAAUGCAUUCCAUAAGGCAUCAGAUUGACUCACGAACCAUAAACAGAUCAAGAGAGAAAAAAAAACAAUAGUAGUUCCCAAUGGGAAAGUCUUUCCCUUAAAGGGGUGUAACACAGAUGUAGAAAAAACGCAUCGCUGGGCCAACAUGAGCGGAAACCCCCAAGUGUGUACAGAACAGCUUGCAGAACGUUUCAAAAAACAAAAGUCCAUUCUCCAAAAACGCUUAUGAUCUGUAUAUGUCGCACGGUCUCUCUCUCGUAAAUCAAACAUUUACGUCAGUGCAUACCAGAGGAAAAAAUUAUAUUCAAGUAAAAUUAUAAUCAAUUAAUUCAAGAAAGAAAAUGCAAUCUAUAUUAUGGCUUUUUGUUUCCCACAUAGCAAACAGACUUGGCCCAAAUGUGGCCUAAAGGACUCACUGCUGGCCUCCUCUUAACAUACUUAAGUGCAUAUAACAUACUUAAAUAAACUGCUUACUUAAUUACUCACUUAAUCUGCACUGAAGUAACGUUUGCCAUGAUGUCGAUCAAGUUCAACUGACAACUGAAUUUGAGUUGGCUUAGCUGUUCCCGCCUCACCCCGUUUUUUUUUGGUUUUCACAUUUGAUAAAGAUAUUAGAGCAGUUUUUAAUGUUUUCUUGUUAAAAUUCAGAAUAGUUUUUAAAUAUUAUUGGAUGCCACUGUUCCCACCAAUCCUUGCACAAGUUGAGGUUACACAUGAUAUCUUUGAAUGGAAGUCAAUAAGAGCACUCUUAGGGUGCUACUACACAAAGGGGUGUAACUACACGAAAUGCGACUAUUUAGAGGCAGCACAAACAGUCUAGAUUCACACUGUGGUUUAAUGUGAAAGAAAAAGAUCCCUCCCUUUCGCGCUUUGGUGGUGCAUCGCCCAAACGCCCUAAUA